AUGGUGGUUGAACAAAUGCAAUUGAAGGGCACCCUUGAGGGCCACAAUGGAUGGGUUACCCAAAUUGCCACAUUUACACGCAACGAUAAGACAACUGUCAUCUCUUCAUCUCGCGAUCGUACAAUCAUCCUCUGGGAUGUGGACAACAUCGCCACUGAAGGAGAGUCGAUUGGACGUCCCGUGAAGGCUUUGACUGGACACAAUCACUUUGUGUCUGAUGUCGCGAUCUCAUCGGAUGGACAGUUCGCUCUGUCUGGAUCAUGGGACAAGACCCUGCGCUUAUGGGAUCUGACUACGUGA